CGGCACGCCACAUAGCAGGCAACUAUAAAAUCCCCCUCCAAAGCCACCCAAAUUCACUGAUGCGUUCUGCGCUUGUAUAGAAGCGACUGAUUCGUCACCUCGCAUGACACGUAGUCUCGCAUCUUUACAAUAGAGCGAGCAGGUGGCAUUCAGAACUUUAUCAUUUCACAGUGGGUGGGUGUUCUUAGUUUGCAUUGUAGCCUAGGCUAUAGAGACGCGCGAAUAGGCUACUGAGAAGGGAUCCAACAGAUUGCCCUGACUACACAGUACACCGGCUAAAUGCUCAGCACCUGCAACUGUCUUCACACGACCUUCAGUCUAGUCCUGGUAUCUGCACACAAUAAUAAAUUAAGGUAAAGGGAACGGCAUACGGCAAUGAGCUCCUCUCUUCCCAAGAGCGAAUCUACCACCUCUCUGCUGAGAUCUUCAGCGGUACUGGUGAGUCGCAGGUCCGCACAUCAUUCUGAGCAUCAUGAGUUGCGCAGCCACCGCAGUCACCAUCAUCAACCCGAUGGAGGUAGCGGUGUACCUGACGAUCUGUUUUGGAGCGAUGAGUGCGAGGCAAGCGCGCGCAGACCGCUUUGUCAACCGAGGCAUGCCGGUGGCAGGACAGACAGGAAUGGAGGUGAUAAACGGGGACAUUCCCACCAUUCCCACCAACACAGCAGCCACUACGAUGACGGCAACAGCCAGGAAGAAAUGAGAGAGCGGAUGGAUCGCAGUGGGAAAGACCGCAGUAAGUCGUCCAGACACCCACACCACCACCAUCACAACACCUCCAAAGGUGACCUGCCGCCGGCGCAUCUCCACGGGAACGCACGUCCAGACCGGAGGUCCUCGCCAACUCCAUCCUAUACAAAACAAUCCGACGACACUGCAUACUUUUUUGAAUCAAAGGACAGAAUAAAUACUGGGUCGUCCACGAGUUUAAACUCUGACCCACCGGCAACGUCCACGCCAGUGGCCGGUCCCCUUACCACCCGCACCGCCAAAAGACGCAGCACAGCUCCAUCUGAACAUGACUCCAAUCUGCAUCCGAUAGUGAAAUCAGUCUUCGGGCAGGACCAGAAGAAGAACUACAGAGCAGUGCAGUCCUGUGAGGAGGGGACUGGGGGUGCCUAUCUUGAGCCACUAGUGGCUAUGGCUCAGAACGGAGGCAACAUGCACAACAUACUGGGGCCUGCCUGUAUCUUUCUACGCAAGGGCUUCGCUGAGAGCCGGCAGGCUAAGAAGGAUAGAGAGCUGAGGCCGGAGGAGAUGGAUGAGUUGCGCGAGGCUUUUAAGGAGUUUGACAAAGACAAAGAUGGCUUCAUCGGCUGUAAAGACCUGGGCAACUGCAUGAGAACUAUGGGCUACAUGCCUACUGAGAUGGAGCUGAUAGAACUGAGCCAGCAGAUCAACAUGAACUUGGGAGGACAUGUUGACUUUGAGGACUUUGUGGAGUUGAUGGGGCCCAAACUUCUGGCUGAAACAGCAGAUAUGAUCGGGGUCAAGGAGCUGAGGGAUGCUUUCAAAGAGUUUGACACCAAUGGUGAUGGCCAGAUCAGCACAUCGGAACUCAGAGAAGCGAUGAAGAAACUUCUAGGUCAACAGGUUGGUCAUAGAGACCUAGAGGACAUCCUUCGGGACAUUGACCUGAAUGGAGAUGGCCAUGUAGACUUUGAAGAGUUUGUGCGUAUGAUGUCUCGCUGAGUGUAGGUCAUGAUACCGACUGGUUCCUUUCCUGGUGAGAGAGGAAGAGAAGGAGAAGAGGAAGUGAAGGAGAGGCAGAGAUGGCUGAGCCCUUAACCACGGACCUCUUACCUCAGACUUCUGAACUACAGAAGGAGAAAACGACAUAUCAACCCCGCUCUGCUACUGCCACAUUCGAAGACAAGCAUAGAAGCUGAAGGAACAACAUCAGUGAUCAUGAUGAUGCUGUAUACUGCUGUCUCUAAGAGCAAAACAGAACAACAGCCAGCCUCCCACAGUUUUACAUUGUACAUUUCAGAUAUUAGAGAAAACAUUUCUAGGUGUUUACAGGGUCUGAAGAGCAAUGUGAUGUUUGAGCUACUUACACUCAUUGCCAUGGUUGGUUAAUGCUGUAGCAAAGUAAAGGAGACACAUUGACAUUUUUAGCACUUUCUUACUUAUGCCAGCGUCUCCUAUACCUAGCCUAAAGCAGCAUAUUCCCCUCCGGGGCUUUGAACUCCUAAGCUAAACUUUUUAAUGGCAAUAUUAUAUCAGUGUACCUACUGUCAAAAUAUGUAUUGUUUGUGUGUGCGUUCGUUCGUGGUGUUUGUGCACCUCAAUUCUCCUUUACUGUAAGAUUCCAUAUGUCUUAAGCUACUGUAGAGUUAGUGUCAAACCCAUGGCAUAUGCUGGCCAACUGUCUCUAUCUUGAAUUACAUGCCAUGUAUUAUCACGGAUGCACUUUUUUAGAUUUUAUCAUUAUCAAACACAUAUCAAGUUACAUUAUAUGAGUUUUGAACAUAGAUGGGUAACUGUUUUGAUAAAAGGAAGAUCAGUUUCAUGAGAACCCAAUACCCAAUACACGGCAGGUAGCUUAGUGGUUAAGAGCGUUGUGCUAGUAACCGAAAGGUCGCUGGUUCUAAUUCCUGAGCCGA